AUGGCUUCUAUCAAGUUUGAGUUAUCUGACUGUACUCAUGCUCAAAAUGCCGCCAAAGUUUACAAAUCCGGUUCAGGCUCAGAAUUCCAUUUCUUGAAUCGGUUGCAACCCUUGGCUCAGCGAACGCUAUCAAAAGCUGAAACUGAAAAUGCCAUGAUCUAUCGACAGAAAGCUCCAACCAGCAUGCCCCAACUUCAGCUGAAGGCCACUUUCGGUAUUGCAACGCCAGAAUUACCGGAAGGUCUUAGUUUCGUUGCGCAUGAAUCCUGGAAUCAAGCCAUGCAUGGUUUUGAUACUUCCAAGGUUGCAGUUUGGGUAUCAAUGAAGAGUGUAUGUGCAACAACAUUAUGCCUAAAGCACUAA